CGUCGCACGUAGCUACGUCAUUUUGGAGAAAUUUUCCGAACAUAAGACACUUGAUUGGUCUUCGCAAUGAGGAGUCGGUGUACUUACGAGCUGUUGGAAGGAAAGACUUGUCAUUGCGACGCAGCUUUUUCAGGGACAGCAACCUGUGACUGGAAGUUGGACACUUUUGUAGCAGUUGAGGAUCGACUGGAAAUGGGUGGUUGUUGCAGCCGAUCAAGUAAUGCGAGAGAACCGACUCAAACUGGAGUGCGAGAUGGGCGGUUUGUUGUCGUACAAAGGAGUACUACAGACUUCCCUGGGGACAGCACGGGAGGAUGGAGUGGGGACGUCUACCGCAUCACUGGAGCAAAUCAGACUAUGUACAACAGCCAGCCAGUGCCUGAGGAUCUUAGACGCCAAAUGGGCAGUGGCAACUUAACGAUCGAAGGGGAACGAGCAAGGAUAGAGUUUCGAGCGAACAACGGAAAUAUUGACCAGUAUUUCCGAUAAACAAAGAAAUUCACCAGUGCAAAUGUAUAUACAUGUAGUUAGUAUGGUUUCGGAUGCCCUCCUUUGCACAAAACGAUUGCGUUAUGCAAAGGGGAACAACUAUGUUAUUAAGGGACGCCACUCUUUCAGCCAUGCUGUUUUCAUUGCUAGUUAGCACUGCGACAUCAUGCAACAAUGAAAGUGAAUCUGUUGUUUUAGUAUUUUAGUAAUUUGUAAGUCUAGUAAUUUGAAUUUACAACAUUCUUUACCUUUUUUUUAAAAAAAGUGCAGCUUGUUAUCCUUACCAUGGUGAUCAGUUAUUAUUAGCUCCCCCAACAACACGGCAACAAAAGCGUGUACCUCUCCCACCCACUGACCUACAAUAAAUGAAUAGAUCCCAGCUGGCUGUACCUGAAGUCAACUAGCCUCCAUAUUUGAACUCCCAAGGUAAUAAUGUCACAGUGUUUGAAAUGUACUAGGCUGUAUUUCCGUAAACUGCCAACGUCGAAUGCCUUUUCCGUAUCUUAAAUUGUUUUAGCUCAUGUCUUGAUUUGAUUUGAAACUAAUGAGGUAGGUGUCACUCUGUUCAUGCUCCACGCUGGCUUAAAUGACUCUGGGAGAGGCCAGGUGAUGAGGCUGCGUCGUGGUUUCAUCAACCUCUCUGAUAAAGUAGAAAGGGUGUGUCCAACAGUUUUAGAUAAGUUCUCUCUAUCACAACCCAUUUAUGUUUUUAUCAGCGUAUAUAUAUCUACACAUAAAAAUAUUAAAUUGAUCCGGCUGUAACGUAUUGCAAAUGUAACAGUCAGGAAGCAAUGGAAAUUUAUUUUAAAAGUCAUAUAAUAGCAAAUCUGGCUAAUGGUUUCAGUUCAAAUUUUGAGUGAUUUUCUUAAAUGCAGACUGGUACUGUCAGAUAAUCAGUGAAAGUAACAUCAACCUCUCCUUACAGGAGGAUCAACAGGUGUUGUAAACAACUUUUGCCCUUUUUUAUGUUGUCUACAUGUAAUAAAGCUGGCAUGUUUUUUCA